AUGCUGGAAGCUGAAAAAUAUGAUCGAACAACCUUAGUAUCUGUUGAUCUUAUCGAUGAUGGGAGUAGAUCACGUGUCCAUCUGAUGUCUUCCGAUAUUAAAGAUAUGCAUGGUUCGUCCACAGCAUCACCUGUUGAAGUUUCGACACGUUCCAUACCGGUUGGAUCUUUGCCUGCUGGAACAUCACUUGAACCAAUUCUACAAGGUCAAGAGUUAUUUGUUAGCUCAGCAGCGACUUGUUCUCCAGUUCAUAUCAAUCCUUUUUUCAAUGCAAAUCAUUUUCAAGAAGGAUCAAAAUUCACUGUACAAAGUUGUAAUUCACCUAGUCAUCAGGCAAUACAACUUAAAAUGGAAGCAUGUUGUCCAUGUAGAUUGAUAAGUUCUGAACUUCAGUCUUUUCAACAUAAAAAUUAUCAUCAUGAAGUAGUACAAGCCUCAUGUAAAACGCCAGUAACCGAGACCCCGGUGAAGACAACCAAUUUACAGAAUCAUUCUCCAAGUGUUCGUGGCCAACCAGACAAUCAUACAAAUAAUAAAGAUUCUAUUACAUCAAGAUCAAAUUGGGCUCGUGGUAUAUUUGAGCGUUUGAGAGCUGCAUCGCUAACAUCUUCAACUAUUGAGUCGAAAGCAUCUCAUUGUCCAUAUGCUACUAUCAGUUAUAAUGAUUCUGCUUUUAGAUACAAGGACUAUCAUCAUCAUCAUCAGCAACAUGAUAUAAUGAAUGUAACACCGGAUAUUAUUGAUCCACGACGUUUACCUAAAGCUCAUGGACCUGUGAGUAAUUGUUUGGAAUUCUCUAAACGACCUUUACAAAAAUCCAACUAUCAUACAAAUUAUAUCUCUAAGCCUAUCCCACUAUCUUCAACGCAUACUGAUUUGAUUUCGACCAGUUUAUCAUCAUCUUUACAGUCAUCUACUAAUGUAAAUAAACGUAGAAGACGAGUUCGAUGGUUCAGUCAUUCAACUUCGUGUGAUCCUGAGCCUAGAGAUCCAUUAUUCAGUCCAUCGAAUUGUCAUUCACAUUUGAAUUCAUCAGCUGCAGAAGAAAUUCAGGGUGCAGUGCACAUUCUAGCCGGUCGUCAAGUUUUUCCCAGCUCUGGUGUAAAUUGUUCUCGUCCAGGAAUUCGUGUUAAAAGUGCUUCUGAAUCAGAACAUCUACUAGUAAUCAGUAAAUCUUUAUCUAAUUCUAAGGAAGAUUUUUCUCCUCAUGCUUUUGGGCACUUUGAUGAGAACCGUGUUUACACCACAUUGUUCCGUCAUUCUACUUGUUACGAUGUUCUACCAGAUAGUGGAAAACUGGUAAUCUUAGAUUCACGCUUGCCUACUCUACGUGCAAUGUCUGCCCUAUUAGAUAAUGGAGUUAUGGCUGCACCAGUCUGGUCCAAUGAGACUCAAUCCUACUUAGGUGUUUUCUCUCAAGAUUUAGCAUUGGAUAUGCUUGCACAUUUGCAUUAUUCAGAGGUGAAUAGUAACGGAAAUAUGGACUGUCCAUCAACUGUAUUCUCCUCCUCAUCGUCCUCUUCCCCACCUUCUUCAUUCUCUCCAUUUAAAACAAAUUUCUUCAGAUGGGGUUCAAAGCAGUUGGGUGAAAUUUUAAAUUUAAUGUAUGGUUUAUCAAACCAUCAACUAUCAUCAUAUCUUUUAGUACACCCUCAAUAUUGUUUACAAAAAGCGCUUUAUCAAUUAUUUCAUCAUCUUGAACAUCAUAAUUCCAAUCAACAACAACAACACCAUCAUCAUCAUUGUAAUGAUACUCUACUAAACUUUAAAUUAUCCAAUGCCAGUGGUCAUCGUGCUUCAUAUCCAAAUAAUUCUCCAAAAAUGCUUAUUGAAAAAGAGACGACAACAGGUGUUAAUUUUACCCGACAAUCAUCUACUUUAUUUCCAACUCAUUCCAAUCAUUCAUCAUCAGAAGUGAGUGUUUCUCAUGAGAAUGAUGUUUCUUUUGUUAAGCUCAGUCCAGUUCAUAAUCCUACUCCACAAAGUACUUCAACAGAUCAUCCAAUGUCUAAUGGUAAAAAUAAUCAUAAUUCAUCACUUAACUCAUCAUCAUCAUCAUCACCACUACUACAUUUUCAAAGAGUAUCAUCUAAGUGUUGUCCUCAUUCGAAUCCCUCUUCAUUGUACACGUCGCUUGUAUCUCACCUACUUGUGGUUGAUCAUCAUAGUGGAAAUGCACUUGGCCUUUUAGGUGCUGAUCGUUUAUUGGCAUAUUUACGCCUACGAGUGGAUGAAUUACCGUGUACAGGUCGAAUGAAUGUUCCUAUCGGUUCUGUUUAUGGUCUUCGUUGGAGUGAACGUUAUUCAUCCAUAAAAACGCCGAAUGAUUCAAAACCAUGCACGCGACUAAUUCCAUCACCACCACCAGCAACAACAACACCGACAGUCACUACAAUAAAGGUGAACGGCUACAGUUUAUCACAAAAGGAAAUACCUGUUAUUCAUCCCAAUGACUGUGUUCGUGAUGUUUUACACGUGUUGGCAAUCUGGUUACCACAAUUACCAUGCCUUCCAGUGAUACAAUUCAUGGAGAAUAAUCAAAUGCGACCUAUUGAUUUCAUUGGUCUCAUUUCAUCCAGUGAUAUAUUGAACUUUAUUAUCUGCUCUACACCGGACACUGCAUUAGACGAACCAAUUAGCAAAAUUAUGCAGAAGAAAUCUUUGCAUUGUGCUUCUCAGCAAAACUGUAUAUGCUUCGCAACGGAGAGUCUUACUGUAGUAUUGGAUCGUAUGUUUCGACUUAAAACUCCAUCUUUGAUCAUGUUUGAUACACGGAAGAGUAGUGCAUCUUGUGCUGUAGCAACCAAACCAUUUGGACAACCAGUUGGAAUGGUUACAGCUAAAGAUCUAUUGCAUUCAGUUAUUUUGGGUCAUUGUCACCGUCAUCAUCAUCUUCAUCCUCAACAUUAUCGACAUUCUUCUCAGUCUAAUCGAAAUGGAAGCCAGAAUCUUAUGUCUAAUGAUGCUGAUGAGCAUGAAGCUAAAACCACUGACAGUUACAAGCGUACUAUCUCCUAUGAGUCUGGUAUUCACUCUAGUAGUUGUCAAGAUGGCUCAGAAUUUAUGCGUGCUAGUGAUGUGCCGACUUUUGAAAGAAUUCAUUCAGAGAAUACUAAGGAAAAGAAGCCUUCACAAUCGCCAACAUCGACAUGUUCACUUUCUUCAAAUGGAACAUUUUCAGCAUCCAGUUCAGAUUCUGAAGUGUCUCAAUCAAUGUCCCGUGAUCAUUUCAAAUCAAAAUGCAAUGAUAAUGCUGCGCCAAGUAUUGAGUGUAACUGUAGUUGUCAUCGUCGUGAUAGUGGGAAUAAUAAUGCUGCUUCAUUGCAUGUAUCCAGCACUUCAGUGUCCAGUCGUCAACGUCAGCGUCGAGACUAUCAAGAUUCUAUAGUUGGAUCAACUAAUGUAGGCCACGUUGAUAAGAUGAAUUCUCGGCUGGCUUCACCAUAUAAUCUGGUGCCUAAUUCAGAAUGGGAUGCUGGUCGACGAUCAUCUGAAUCGUAUACAAAGCAACAGAAGACGAAAGAAAAGAUGCAUGCUUUAAAUGAUGGUCAGAGAAGACUUAAUGCAGCGUUUGUCUUGAAUAAAACAAAACAGCCAGUUCAUAACAAUGAUUCUAAUAAUUCUCUACUUCUACUAUUAUCCAACAACAGUUUGAAUACAGUUGAUGAAUUGAAUAUUGGUGAAGAUGUUUCUUCUUCUCAACUGGACAAUCAUACUAAGCAUAGGGAUAAAUAUAUCAAAGGUAAAAUUCCCAACAGAGAGGAAGAUGAUACUGUCUUUCCUAUGGACUAG